AUGUCGAAAUUGAGUUUUCUUGAUAUGCAACACAACCUCUCAAAGAAGAAAUUCUUGCAGAAACCCUCAAGAAUGUUCUCUAGAGACAGACAAAACUCGGGUUUAUCGCCCAUUUACACGCCAACUUUAGAAGAGAUGAAGCAAGUAUUCGACAGAUUUGAUACCAACAAAGAUGGCAAGAUUUCGCAGGAGGAAUAUAAGGCGAUACUGAAAGCCAUUGGGAACGGAAAGCUCCUUACCAAAGAAGUGCAGAAGAUAUUCGAGGUUGCAGAUUUGGAUGGCGAUGGAUUCAUUGAUUUCAACGAGUUCAUGGAAGUGCAGAAGAAGGGAGGUGGAGUGAAGACAGUGGAUUUGCAGAGCGCAUUCCGCACAUUUGACAAGGAUGGGGACGGGAAAAUAACUGUCGAAGAAGUUUAUGAGUUACUGCGUAAGCUUGGGGAAAGGUGUAGCCUAAGAGACUGCAGUAGGAUGGUGAGAGCUGUGGAUACUAAUGGAGACGGUGUCAUUGAUUCAGAUGAGUUCAUGGCCAUGAUGAACCGUACUCUGAAUAUUCAAUAA